AAUACCCUGCUGUUUUCAGUGAGUGCACUGAGGCAGCCGUGCUGCCUCGGUUCCAUAUCACGUCUCGGAGCCCUCAGUGCCCAACAUGCUCGCUCGGCGUCUUGCUGCAUUCAGGCCUGAUAUUGCUGCCAACUGGCUGGCAGCUUCAUCGGGGAUACCGUCGCGUCGUCCACAAAUAGCUGCACUCCAAGAACAAAAUUUCUCAACGGCACAAAAGUAUGCCAUAUUGCCAAAGCUGCCAGUACCAGAUCCACAUAAUACUCUAAAACAUUUUCUACAAUUUGCCAAACCACUUCAAACCGAGAAGGAAUUUGAGCAUACUAAAUCGGUAGUCAAGGAUUUUGUGCAGAACGAACUUCCUACAUUACAGAAGUUGCUUGAACAGCGAGCAACUAAACUAAAUAAUUGGUUAACACCAUGGUGGUUGAACGUAGCAUAUCUGCAAGCUCGAACACCUCUCCCAGUCGUUACUUCACCGGGUCUCACAUUUCCACAAUUGCCAUGCACGGGUAAAGACAGUCAAAUUGAACAUGCAGCACAAAUGACACAGGCUACAACAGAGUACUAUCUGAAGGUGAUGAAGAACCAGCUUCCUCAAGAUAUGUCUGGCAAGACUCCCUUCGAUAUGGGUCAGUACAAGUACAUGUUCGGCACAACUCGAAUACCUAGGAAAGGAUGUGAUGAGAUUCGUUACGGCUUCACAAACGAAAAUCAACCAAGACACAUCGCUGUCAUCCACAAUGGUCACGUGUUUUCAAUGCCUGUGCUCAACAAAGCCCGUCAACCUCUGUCAAUUUCGGCGCUGAUGGCUUUGUUCCGCGAAAUUAUUGAGAAGAGUCCAGAGAGGCUUUCUCAUGCAGUUGGCAUUGUAUCGUCGGACAAACGUGAUCGAUGGGCAGAGAUUUACAAGCAGCUUGAAGCGCACUCUCAGAAUGCAGCAAAUCUCAGAUGCAUUGAAGAUGCUCUAUUCGUAGUUUGCCUGGAUCAGGAGUCGGAACCGGAAAAGGGUUACACGGAGAGAGAUGAGCAUGCUAGGCAGGUGAUGCAUGGAGGCGGCACAAAAGUGAACUCGUGCAACAGAUGGUACGACAAAACUCUGCAGCUAAUUGCUGGCAAAAAUGGCUAUUGUGGUCUAUGCUAUGAGCACACGCCUGCAGAAGGUCCACCCGUUGCAGCGUUGAUGGAUUAUAUUUGUGAUAGAUUUGACUCCAAAGAUUUCGAUGACGAUUCGCAAGUCUGCGAUGAGCAUCCUAAACGCCUGGAUUUUGAUCUCAAUGAUGCACAAAAAGCCCAAAUUGAGAAAAGCGGAAAGAAGAUGGACAAAGUUGCUGACGAUUUGGAAGUCGCUGCUCACACUUUCAAACGUUAUGGUAAAAAUUAUCCAAAAUCACUUGAAAUGUCACCGGACUCAUGGAUUCAAACUGCUUUCCAACUGGCGUUUUAUAGGAUCCACUCAGCAGUGCCACCAACUUACGAAACUGCUACACUGCGAAAAUUCACAGAAGGUCGAACGGAAAAUGCGCGGUCACCAAAUGUUCUCGCAGAUAUUUUCGUUAAAAAGAUGGCAUCUGGUCGAGAGAAAGUUGGUGAGCUUUUCAAAGCUCUGAAAGCAGCAACAGACUCACAUAAACAUUACGUUAAAGAAUGUAUGGACGGUGCAGGAAUGGAUCGGCAUCUGUUGGCAUGGAACCUUUUGGCAGCAGAGAAUGGGUUGCCUAAGCCAAGUAUUUUACAAACCUCCGCUUAUGAGCACUUGUCUCACUUCCAAGUGUCAACCAGUCAGGUACCCACUCGCCAUUUAAUCCAGCUUUUCUUCGGUCCAUCAGCCCCCGAUUGCUACGGUGUUUGCUACAAUCCGCAAGAAAAAGAAUUGCAUUUUGCUAUCACCAGCUAUAGGAGCUGCGGCUCGACAAGUGCUAAACGCUUCGCCAAGGAAUUGGAUCGCGCAUUGAACGAUAUGAACUCAAUUUGCAAGAAAGCUCUACGGGAACAAUCGAAGUUGUAGCUUACGAUGGCUCCCUACUUCUCGAUUACUUAUUGUAUGUGUCCAUAGUGAUCGUAAAGUUUCAAAUUAUUAUACUUUGCUG